UUUGAAAGCCGGGAGGGGAUGUAGCGGACGUUGUGUAUGUGUUUCCGAGUCUCAUGCGACCGACGCUUUCCGACGCAACACGGUUAGCAUAGCAAUGCGUUUGACGGCGUUAGCUGACCGUAAAUAAGGAGUAAGAAGUUUAAUUUAGUCUCUUUUGACUAUCCGAGGUAGAUGCCCAGAUUCUAGCAUCUGAAGAAGCAGCGGAGGGAAGCAGAAUGACGAAGCCCCGAAAAAAGCCGUGCCCCUCCUGUCGGGCCCCAAAUUCCCUUGGGAGGAUGACGUGUGUGGAGUGUGUCUGCCCCCUGCAAUUUAAUGAAGGAUUAAAAAAGAAGCAAGCCAAGCUGAACCACUGUAGCUGGGCAUCCACUGUCAAGUCUAACAGGAACUCCAGCAGGAGCGUUAGGUCGGCCCAGCUAUCUGUUUUUAAACUCAGUGCCCUUGGCUGCUGCCCGAUUCUUUUUCUCGGGCGUCAGGACCGCAAGGGGGAGAUUUGCGGGGACAUAGUCCACCACAUCCCUCUGACUGAUGGGGUGGUCCAGGAGAUAGUGAAGGAGAUGAGGAGACUCUAUGAGCACCUCCUGAAAAGUUUACCUAUGGAUGUCCAGAAAGUGAUCGUUGGUGAAGAACAUCAGCAGGAGUGGGGCUCCAGUCUGGACCAGAAGGACACAAAGCCCCCACGCAUUAAAGAGGAACAGGAGGAACUCCGGACCAGUCAGGAGGGAGAGCAGCUUCAAGGGCUGGAGGAGGCUGAUAUCACCAAGUUCCCAUUCACUCUGGUCCCUGUGAAGAGUGAAGAUGAUGAAGAGAAACCUCCAUUCUCACAGCUUCAUCAAAGACCAACUGAAGAGAUGAAAACAGAAGCUGAUGGAGAGGGCUGCACAAAACCAGCUAUUAACUCGGAUCCAGAUUUGCAUUCAAAACCUGAUGACGAGACCGGAGCCCCUUCUGAACCUGAGACUGAUGAUAGUGCUGAUUGGAAGGAGACCAGAGAACCUCAGUCAGGUUUAAACUCUCUGAAUGGUAACGAAGACUAUGGCAGUGAUCUGAGAUUUAGUACUGGUGGGAGUGAGUGUGGGAAAAGAUUUGGCCCCAGUGGACACCUGAAUUCUCAUGCAGGAGAGAAACCAUUCAGCUGCUCCGUCUGUAAGAGAGGUUUUGUAAAAAGUGGAAGUUUACAUGUACACAUGAGAAUCCACACGGGAGAGAAACCAUUUAGCUGCUCCGUCUGUAAGAAAGCGUUUACAGGAAGUGGAAGUUUACAUGUACACAUGAGAAUCCACACGGGAGAGAAACCAUUUAGCUGCUCCGUCUGUAAGAAAUCUUUUAGAGAGAGAGGAAGUUUACAGAGACACAUGAGAAUCCACACAGGAGAGAAACCAUUCAGCUGUUCUGUCUGUAAACGAGCUUUUAUAGAGAGCGGUAAUCUUAAUAAACACAUGAGAAUCCACUCAGGUGAGAAACCAUUUAGCUGCACAGUCUGUAAGAAAACUUUUAGAGAGAGAAGAAGUUUACAGAAACACACGAGAGCCCACACAGGAGAGAGACCAUUCAGCCAUCUGGGGUGGAGCUCCAGUCUGGAAGGAGAGCAGAUAACCUCAGUCAGGUUGAAACCCUCUGAAAAUAAUUGCAUUAUUUAAAAGUGAUAUGAGAUGCAAUACUCUGUGGGUCCUUUUUAAAAGUCCUACGAUAAUGAAUAAUUAUCAAGAAAUUGAUCAGAUUAUGAACGUAAUGUAAAUCCACGGAAUUCCAAAGAUUAAUUUGUUAAUUUUUUUUUAUUUAAAGUGUGCUUGUUUUCAAAAUGGAACAAACAGCCAAUUUAUUUGACCCAAUCCCUCUCCUAAAUGGCAGCUGUUCUGUAGCCACAAGGAACAGCCACCCAACUCAGUCUCCCAGCAGACUCCCCGUCUUCAUGACUAAAUUUGAAGUGCUGUGACGUCACCAGCCCUCUAAAGGCAACAACUGCCGUCGUGCUUGGCUAUUCCUGCACUCCAGAUAUUCUUCUCUAGCAGAUGACACAAGUGCCUGCUUACAGUAAACCAGUUAUCAUCGCUGACUUGGGCAAAAUCCACCAGCUAGCCCGAAACAGCUGAAGAACGAAAGCAGUUAGCACCAAGAUAAUUACUGGGACUGAAGCAAACCGCAUCAUUCAGCCUGCAGGAUUGGUAUGCAGCACAACAGAGACUGCAUCGCUUGACUUCAGAACCACAGUUCUCCCAGCCUGGCUUUCCCACCGUGAUGGCACUGAUGGCUAACAAGGAUUUCUUUCUGUGGUAAUGUGACCAACUGGGCCAGCGUUAACAUAGCGACCGCAGCUAAGCAAAGCCGUUAACUGUUUAGCUUCUUUUAAUGUAUAUGUAGUGAUUUGAUUUAAUGCUAACCAGACCUAUAUUUUUGUAAUGUUCUUUUAGUGAAGUUAUUGGAUAGGCCAAACUGCUAAGUUGAUGUUAGUUUAGGCUUUGAUACAAAAUCUAGCAUGUAACUAACACCCUCUUUCUAAACCUGGUACCUUAAAGGUGCAGUAGGUAAGCCUUAUAAAACCACCUUUCUGUCAUAUUUACAUACCCUAUGUUCCAGUAGAACUACAUGAAGCAGGUCAUUUCCUCUGGCACCACCUACAGGCUGUAGUGCGAUUUGCAAAAAUCCACCGCUCCCUGUUAAGACGCACCAAUCAGGGCCAGGGGGCGUGUUCAACUGCAUGUCAGUCACUGCUCAUGCACACGCAUUCAUUUUCCCUUGUGGGGGGAGGGGCUAAGAAGUUGUCGAUGUUCACAUUUGUUGGCUAAGUCCUGGAUCUUCGCAAUCCUACCUACGGCACCUUUAACGUACACAGAUUGAUUUUAACAUUCAUCCAGACACACACACACACACUUUGAUAGUAGGCAAACCUUUGAUUUGACUCUGACGUAGGUCAAUGCUGUGAGGAGACCCAAGUCUGCCUUUAUUUGUUCUCUGUCCGGGCAAACCGAUGUGGCCUUAACAAAGCGGAGUUAGCAACCCUUAUAGCUGCACGGCUUCCCGGGAAGACCGCCUACUUGUUUCCUCGCAAAUAGCUCUUUGAUGCUCGGUCCUCGGGGCAGAAAUAAGAGCUUUUGAGACGGCCUGGCUCAGCUCCAGCUAAACUGCAGACUGAUCUCACGAAGUGGCGUACGUAUGACACGCCAAUUCGUAUGUCAUUUGUGGCGCAUUAUCAAGACGCAUACUCGCUUUUUAGCGUGUUUAUCAACACCGUUUGGCCUCCAUUGACUUACGUUACCUUGUGAUUCCGUGUGAAUUGACACCGUAGCGAGUAGUAUGAAAAGGCACGUAGGGAGGUUGGACCGAGGGGGUCAAACACAGAUGGGUCAAACACAGGACUUUCACCCAGGAGACUGGGGAUCGACCCGUCGCUUUCUUCUUUUCCUAAACCCAACUGGUUCUUCUUUUCCUAAACCCAACCCACGUGUCACGUUUUCUAAACCCAACCGUAGCUUUCUCUUCUAGAAGUGAUAACUUCAAAUUGUUUCCGUUAACAUUCCUCACAUCUAAUAGUGCUCACAGCAGAAGUUUGGGUAUAAAGUCAUAUGUUGCGGGGGGGGCGGUCACAAAUACAUGCCGUAAUAAGUCACCAGUAAACCCCUGCCAUCACCGAAUGUUCUGUAUUCAUCAGGAGCAUCACCAAAGUCCGGCCCCAGCGCAACUCACUCUGCAUUAACACUCAUGUGAGCGACCUGCGGACACGGUUUGGAUCUAAAUGUAAAUGGACUGUUUUUAUAUAGCGCUUUUCUAGUCUUAACAACUACUCAAAGCGCUUUAACAUAGUAC